AUGACUACCAACGAUAAGAAACAAUCGGGUUUGGCCCGUGUCUUAGGUUCAGCUUCUGCUGGUAUCUUGGAAAUUGGUGUUUUCCAUCCUGUGGACACUAUUUCCAAGAGAUUGAUGUCAAACCAUACCAAGAUUGCCUCGACCUCUCAAUUGAACAGUGUUAUUUUCCGUGACUUUGCAUCUGAACCAUUGGGUAGACGUUUGUUGUCUUUGUUCCCUGGUUUGGGGUACGCUGCUGCCUAUAAGAUCUUGCAACGUGUUUACAAGUACGGUGGUCAACCAUUUGCCAAUGAGUUUUUGAACAAGAACUUCAAGGGUGAUUUCGAUCAAGCUUUUGGUGAAAAGACCGGUAAAGCCUUGAGAUCUGCUACUGCCGGUUCUUUGAUCGGUAUCGGUGAAAUUGUGCUAUUGCCAUUGGAUGUCUUGAAGAUCAAGAGACAAACUAACCCAGAGUCUUUCAAGGGUAGAGGUUUCCUAAAGAUCAUCAAGGAUGAAGGGUUUGGUUUGUACCGUGGUUGGGGUUGGACCGCUGCCAGAAACGCUCCAGGUUCUUUCGCUUUAUUCGGUGGUAACGCCUUCGCCAAGGAAUAUAUCUUGGGUUUGAAGGAUUACGGUCAAGCUACUUGGAGUCAGAACUUCGUCUCUUCGAUUGUUGGUGCUUCUGCUUCAUUAAUUGUCAGUGCACCAUUGGAUGUUAUCAAGACCAGAAUUCAAAAUAGAAACUUUGAUAACCCAGAGAGUGGUUUCAAAAUUAUCAAGAACACUUUGAAGAACGAAGGUUUCACUGCAUUCUUCAAGGGUUUGACUCCUAAGCUACUGACCACCGGUCCAAAGUUAGUGUUCUCCUUCGCUCUGGCUCAAACUUUGAUUCCAAUCUUUGAUAACUUGGUCUCUAAGAAAUAA